ACAUCUGCGCAGUCAAUAAAAGGAGAAUAAAAUAGAAAGUGGUUUGUGAUGUAGACAAAUGUCGAUAAUCGGUCAGCCAUAUUGUCGAUUUCGUAUAAAUAAGAUAUAAACGCUUUGCACGUAGUUAUAUAAACAAGUAUCCACAUUUUGUGUGGCGAUUAGCUACUAAAAAUCGGAGAAAAUAUAUAUUUUUCAGAAUAAUGGCAGAAGAUCUAGACGUUGAAGCUAUGCUUGAGGCUCCCUACAGGAAAGAUGAUGAAAUCAGUACAAAAUCGAAAGAAAAUGGUGAUGUCAAGUCGAACCGCUCAACAGAAAAACGACACAGGAGUAUAAGUAGGAGCCGAAGAAGUACCAGUAGAAGUCGUAGAAGUAACAGCAAAAGCAGAAGGAGUUCAAGUAGAAGCAGGAGAAGCAGAUCUAAAGACAGGCGUCGUGGUAGUAGAGAACGAAAGAAGAGUAGAUCUUCCGAACGAAGACGACGUUCCAGAGACAGGACACAUCGAUCAAAAGAUAGGAGGAGUAGAUCGAGAGAUAGGCGAAGUAAGUCAAAAGAUAAACGAAGUAGAUCAAGAGAUAGACGCAGUAGAUCUCGAGAUAGGAAGAGACGUGAACAUAAAGGAAGGCGCAGUCGUAGUAGAGAAAGAAAACUGACUCCUAAAAAAAGAACACCGUCUCCACCUAUUAAACCAUUCCUUAAAAGGGCACGUUCUCCUCUGGGACUUAGAGGAACAUCACCUUUAGAAGAAUUGAGUGCUGAAGAACGAGAUGCUAGAACAGUAUUUGUAAUGCAAUUAUCACAGAGGAUACGUGCUAGAGAUUUGGAAGAUUUCUUUAGCUCAGUGGGAAAAGUUCGUGAUGUCAGAAUGAUAGUUUGCAAUAAAACUAGAAGGUUCAAAGGCAUAGCUUAUAUAGAAUUUAAGGAUCCAGAAAGUGUAGCAUUGGCAUUAGGUCUUUCUGGUCAAAAACUUUUGGGAGUUCCGAUUAUAGUGCAACAUACUCAAGCAGAGAAAAAUAGAAUGGGUAAUUCAAUGCCAAAUAUGUUACCUAAAGGUAUGGUCGGACCGAUGCGACUUUACGUUGGUUCAUUACAUUUUAAUAUAACCGAGGAAAUGUUGAGAGGAAUAUUUGAACCUUUUGGUAAAAUAGACAGUAUACAACUUAUACAAGAUCCUGAAACUGGAAGGUCUAAAGGAUAUGGAUUUAUCACGUACCAUAACUGUGAUGAUGCCAAAAAAGCACUGGAACAACUGAACGGAUUUGAAUUAGCUGGUAGACCAAUGAAAGUUGGUAACGUUACAGAACGUUUAGAUUUGCAACAACAAGGUCCCUCUAUUCUUGAUUCGGAUGAAUUAGACAGAUCUGGUAUAGAUUUAGGAGCAACUGGUCGAUUACAGUUGAUGUUUAAGUUAGCUGAGGGUGCGGGCAUGCAAGUGCCACAGGCGGCGGCUAAUGCUCUAAGCAUUGCUACAGGUCAACCAGUAGUGCCGCAAGUUCAGACUCACACCACACCUCCGAUUGCUACACAAUGUUUCAUGUUGAGCAAUAUGUUCGAUCCAGCAACAGAAUCGAAUGCCUCGUGGGAUGUUGAAGUUAGAGAUGAUGUAAUAGAAGAAUGCAAUAAACACGGUGGCGUCCUACAUGUUUAUGUAGAUAAAGGUUCACCACAAGGCAAUGUUUACGUCAAAUGUCCAUCUAUAGCGACUGCUGUAGCCUCAGUUAAUACCUUACAUGGUAGAUGGUUCGCAGGGCGUGUAAUUACAGCAGCAUACGUACCUCUACUAAAUUAUCAUUCACUAUUUCCAGAUGCUAUGACAGUGACGCAGUUAUUAUUACCAUCUAGUAGAAAAUAGUUUCUGCAAAUUGUACUAUUAAAUAUUAUUUUCUAUGUUUUUAUGUAAUUGAAUAAUAAAUAGUUAGUAUUUGUUAAAUAUGUAUACAAUGGUUUCUAUGAAAGAUCGAAGUAAUAAACAUUUUGAAAUUAAAACGCU